AUGGUAGUCAUUGAGAUUCGCAAGGCUAGGGUGGAGGUAGGUGGAGGCAGCGUUGCUAGAGGAUCGACUCUUUACCAUCACUCUAAUAAUUUCUCGAUCAUCUGUGUCUCUUCUUAUACUCCUAAUGAACAAAUCCUCCUUGAUUGCGGUUCUUCCGCUCUAAAGGCAGAUGGUGAUGGACGGAAUUGGACCGGAGAUGUAGGUUCUGAUUUCGCAACCUCCGCACGUUUCAAUACAUCAACAGUCUCCACAGCUUUAGCUUUGUAUCAAGGCUCCAGCGUGCCCCUAAUCCCGUACGUAACAGCUCGUAUAUUCCACUCACCUUUCACCUACACAUUCCCUGUUGCUGCCGGUCCCAAAUUAAUUCGGCUCUACUUCUAUCCAGUUUCCUAUUCUGGUCUCGACAAAACUAAAGCUUUCUUUGACGUCUCCGCUGGUCCUUACACUCUACUACAUAAUUUCAGCGCCUUCUUUACAGUGGAGGCUCUCAAAACAGCUUUCUUGGUCAAAGAAUUCUCUAUCAAUAUAGAGAACCUGAGCUUAUUAGAAAUCAUAUUCACGCCAACUCCUAAUACCUUUGAGACGUACGGUUUUGUGAAUGGAAUUGAGAUUCUUUCCAUGCCUGAGGAUCUUUAUGUAAGGGGUGAGCAAAUUUCUAUUCCUUUGAUUGGUCAACGAACCCCAUUUUAUAUUGCAAAGGACACCGCCCUUGAGACGGUUUACCGAUUGAACAUCGGCGGAAGAACUAUUUCGAGUCAAGAUGAUACAGGCAUGUAUCGUACAUGGUACGACGACACAGAAUACAUACUUGGCACUGGUAGCAGCGAUUAUCAGAAAGGUGUAACUUACUCUAAUAUGACCAUCGACGUCAACUACCCACCAACACUGCCUAAUUACACCGCCCCUGACACCGUCUAUCGCACCGCUCGGUCGAUGGGACCCCACGCACUGCAGUAUAAUCUCACUUGGCAUUUCCUAGUCGAUUUAGGAUUUCAAUUCCUAUUUAGGCUCCAUUUCCAUUUCUGCGAGUUGGCGCCUGAGAUAACACUGGUAAAUCAGAGGGUGUUUAGCAUCUUUAUUGGUAAUCAGACGGCCGACAACAUGUUUGAUGUCGUUGGCUCGAGUGGAGGAAAUGGGAUCCCGAUGUUCAAAGAUUACACCUACCUCAUGACGCUUCUAAAUCCAAAACAAAUUGAGGGCAAGCAAGAUCUUUGGCUAACCAUACACCCGAACGUCGAAUCAAAGCCAAUGUUUUAUGAUGCAAUCUUAAACGGGCUCGAGAUCUUCAAAUUGAUGAAAGAUACCAGAGGCAAUUUCGUAGGACCAAAUUUAGGGAGCGCUUCCACGCGACCUGAUCACCACCACUUGAAGAAAUGGAUUUGGUUUAUUGUCGCUGGAGGCGUUGUGGUUGGUGUUGUCGCUCUCGCUUUGUUCUCCCUCGCUCGCCGGUGCCAAAGAAGGAACAGGAAGAAGAACACUCUACCUCUUCCAUCUGAUAUCGGCUGCCGCCGCUUCUCGUUAUCUGAGAUAAAAGCAGCUACGGACAACUUCAACGAGACACGGCUGAUCGGCGUUGGUGGCUUCGGCAGCGUCUACAGAGGCUACAUCAUCGACAAUGGAGUCGCCAGCACUACCGUUGCAAUCAAACGUGGGAAUCCAAAGUCUCAACAGGGUGCCCACGAGUUCCGAACUGAGAUCGAGAUGCUAUCAAAGCUACGCCACGUACAUCUCGUCUCCUUGAUCGGGUACUGCGAGGAGCGUGGAGAGUUAAUCCUGGUUUACGAUUAUAUGGCUCAGGGCACCCUUCGUAAUCACCUCUACAACACUGAUAAGCCUCUAACGUGGAAGAAAAGGCUUGAGAUCUGCAUCGAAGCUGCACGAGGCCUAGACUACCUUCAUACUGGUACGAGGCAGACGAUCAUCCACCGUGACGUGAAGACGACGAACAUACUCCUGGAUGAGAAAUUGGCGGCCAAGGUUUCAGACUUCGGUCUAUCUAAGGUGGGGCCCAGCAGUCUGUCCCACUCCCACACCCACGUCAGCACAGCUGUCAAGGGCAGUUUCGGGUACUUGGACCCAGAGUACUACCGACGCCAGAAAUUGACGGAGAAAUCUGACGUGUAUUCAUUUGGUGUGGUGUUAUUUGAAGUAGUAUGCGGCAGACCAGCGUUGGAUCACAGGCUUGGGGACGAAGAGGUAUCAUUGGCCCACUGGGCUCCACAAUGCCUACGUAAUGGGACCCUUGAUCAAAUCAUUGAUCCUUAUUUGAAGGGCAAGAUUGAAGCUGAGUGUUUAAGCAAGUUUACAGAAAUCGCAGACAAGUGCUUGGCCGAUCGUGGAAGUGAACGACCGACGAUGGCCAAUGUGUUGUAACAACAAAUUUUAAGGAAAGCUAACGGAAGGGGGUCUUUGUCUCA